AUGAAGAGAAAAUGGGAAGAAAGACUAAAGAAAGUGGAAGAACUAGCAUCUCACUAUGAAAGAAAUCCUCUUCCUCCAGUUUAUAGACCAAGACUGUCCAAACCCUCUAUGCCAUCCUCUGUUUGGAAAAUAUUUUCUCGCCAGGCUGAAGCUUUUAAUUAUGCAAAAUCCUGCGAAGAGGAUGUUCAUGUAUUUGCUUUGGAAAAGAGCACUCAGAGUGGACAGAGGUUUUACCUUGUGACAACAUAUAAGGAGCUUUGGUUUUAUUACACAAAAGGUUACAAAACAAGUCUUAUGCAUUGCUAUGAAGUAAUUCCUGAAAAAGAUGCUUGCAAACUUUAUUUCGAUUUGGAGUUCUACAAACCUGCAAAUCCUGGUGCAGAUGGCAAGGGUAUGGUUGCAAAGUUAAUUGAGCUUGUCAGCCAGAAAUUAAAGGAAAUUUAUGGUGUAAAUUGUUCAACUAAAGAUGUCUUGAAUUUAGAUUCCAGUACUGAUGAAAAAUUUAGUCGGCACCUAAUAUUUCUUCCCCAAAAGACUGUAUUUAAGGAUAAUAUUCAUGUUGGUAACUUUGUGAGAACGAUUUUGCAGCCUGCGAUAAGAUUACUGGAGAGUAAGGCUGCUGCUGCUGUGAUUCCAGGAGGAGAAGCAGGACAUGUUUUCCAGAGUUUUGAAGAGGGAGUUGGAUUAGAUGGUUCUCCUACAAACCUAAGAGCUGUUGAAGAUGCUUCCAAAAGCUGCCCAGCCAUUGUUUGCAAAACAAAGGAUAUGGAAACGCCACACCAGGGAGAAAAUUUGGAUUUUUCCUUUCUAAUAGUAAAUGGUAAAGAAGGUGACAAGCAACUUUUUGUGGAUCUAGGUGUUUAUACAAAGAAUAGAAAUUUCCGGAUGUAUAAAUCAUCAAAAGCAGGAAAAAAAGUGAUUCUGAAGAUAGCAGAGGAUAAUGAGCUUGUUCCUAACUGUGAAGAUGACAUUUCCUUGGAAGAAGCAUAUUUUCUUUCCUCAUUGAUCUGCAAUAUUAGAGUGAGUGAUGACACAAGAGUUCUGUCCUCUGGCGUUUCAGAAAAGGAGAGAAAAAUGUCUGCUUUUUUAAACAGUAGCACUACCAGAAGCAGCAGAGAUUCCGUGGAAGGUUAUCAGGGUUCACCGUAUCCGGAAAUUGAUAACUUUGUUCGUUCCUUGGUUAAUAAAGAUGGGGUGCAAGGAGGGAUACGGCAAUGGAAUUAUUUCUCUCUCAAAGAACUACUUGUAUAUGGUAUUUCUGGUUACCGUUGGUGUGAAAAUAUCGGAAUAGCUCACAAAAGUAACAAUAUAAUGAUUCUGGUAGAUCUAAAGAAUGAAGUCUGGUAUCAAAAGUGUCAUGAUCCUGUCUGCAGAGAAAAAAACUUCAAAUCACAAAGUUUUCCCUUGCCGCCGGGGAUAUGCCUCCCAUCUCUUUUCAAAGAGGAAGAACAGCAUACACCAAUGGAUGAAAGGGGGAACACAGAAAUAAAAACACAUUAUAAUGGGUCAGACUUGUCAGAAAGCUCAGCACCUCUGGAAGAAAGCUUGUCUCAAGACUUCCUGUUGUCAGACCGUGAGUGGGAAAACGCAAGCGAUGAUGUCUGCUUCCUAGAAGCUGCAGAAGAUGUGGAACUAGCUGAAGCUGCAAAUGAUAGUCUGGAUUAUGCCACGGAAGAAAUUCCAGAUGAAGUUCUUUUGGAAGCUUUAAGGAAAGAUGACACUUGCAAAAAGGAAGCCACAGGCUUGGCCAGCAAACAGACUGCCAGCGAUGACACUUACUGCCAUGUGCCUCUGUCAGAGGGACUGCAAUGUAGUUCAAAAGCUGUACAGCAGAGCUGCAAGACAUAG